GAGCAACAGGAGCAGUGAGCCACAAACUUUCUGGAGGUGAACUUGUCCUCUCUAAAGGGGCUCCGCAUCACGGCACUGAUGGAUUGCACAACUUUCACUGUUGCCGUUCGCCCAACUAUCAGUCAACUGUCCACGUAGAAUGCUCCUUUAGAAACACUCGGAGCGCCAAUUAUAGAGGCUGAGUUUGCAGAAACUGGACAAUAGCAUGGGGAACUUGGGGAGCGCAUGGUGGACUGUGGUGGAGUGCACUUGCAGGAUCCUUGGUGUUUCUACAGCAACAGUGUUGUGUGCUGUGGGAGUGGAAACAGUCCAACAGGGAGAGUUCAACAGCCUUGGCAUCUACCUGAUAACAUCAUCUGUUGGCAUCAUGAUGUUUGAGUUGUCAUUCUUCCUGGAUGCUCUUCUGUCCAUGUGUUUACCCUGUCCUCCAGACUGGCAAGUGUUCGACUUGUGGGGGAAGAUGGCUCGCGUCGGAGGCUUUCAUAAAUUCCUUUAUUACUCCAUCAUGUCAGUCGUCUGCUUCUUGCAUCCUGUAUUGGUUUGGCACGCACUCAUCCCAGGAACAAUGCUUCUGGUGACAGCCUUUUUCAACUUCAUACUGAGCAAGAAAGCAAAGACCAAGCCUACCAAGAGUCCACUAGAGAGCAACAGCGACCAAGGCCUGACAACUCUCUGCGUGACAGAAAGAUCUGCCUCCAACGGCACGUCCUCAUUCUUCCAAGCGGUGACAGGAAGAAAGGGAGGGGAAAUGGCUCUCGCAGACCCGGAUCCACCGGAGAGAGGAGAGAGUGUCCAGGCCAUGCUGUCACAGGAGCGAACAGUAGCACCUGCACACACAGAAAGGAGCAGGAGGAGGUGGUGGAAAGGGAUAAUCUGGUUCAGAGCGGGGGAGGAGCCUGUGGAAAGGGAGAUGGAGGAGAUGAAUGAGCCUGAACCAGACACCACCUCAGACACUGCACCUAUGAUCACUGACUGAACAGCUGCUUUUUGCAAAGUGCAGAGCAUGCAUAAUGUAUCCAGGCUUGGUGCAAAAGCGGAAAAAUAGCCAAAUGAACAUGUUUUUAUUCUUCGGUAUUGUGAUCGCAUUGCUAAAAUCCAGACUGUUAUCUUUCACCGCAAUUUCCUAAUUUGUAUAUUUUGCACUUCCAAAAUGUCUAAACAUAUCUAAGUAUACAUACCAAUAUGAAAACAAUUAAACCAUGUGUUUCAUCAAGAGCAA